AAACAUCUCUCGCAACCGACAAAUUGACCAUCUCCACUUGCCCAUUUUCGUUUCUUUCAAUCUCUCUCUCUCUCUCUCUUUCGUUUCUUCUUAGCUUGAAAAUGGAAACAAAACCCCAAGGCGUAGAAAAGUCUAACCAAAUAUUGUGGAACUCUGAUGAUCAACUUCUGGGUUCAGGCCAUGUUAGGUCUUAUACAUGUGCCUUCUGCAAAAGAGGGUUUUCAAACGCUCAGGCACUAGGAGGUCACAUGAAUAUUCACAGAAAAGAUAGGGCCAAGCUCAGGCAAUUCGCCGAAGAAAAUCUACUUUCAUUGGACAUUGCAAAGACGUGCUCGAUCGAUCAACUACAAGACGUAUCAGAAGAGAAAAGUUCAGCCAUAUUGGAAUCUAGUGAACAAAAAAGUUGUACUCCCAAAAGACCGUGCACUCUCUCCAGAGAAGACGAUCAUAGCACUACGCCUAAGAGUAAAGAUGUUGAAGAACUUCAGCAGCUACCUUUCUUCUCCGCGACUCCUUCGUCGUCAAGUAGUACUCCUACCAGAGAGAAUGAAGAGCAGAGGAUGCAAUUCGGUCAUAGUUCUUCACGGAUACAGUUGGACCUUGAGUUGCGGUUAGGACCCGAACCUCAAGAGACAUCAGCCACAAGCACCAAAGGAUUUUUUGGCCCUUCAAGCAAAUAGGCUGCAGGUUAAUCUAAGAAAGAGGUUGCAGCAGUCAUCGAAGAUAAUUCAGAGGUUGAGAUAUAAUUAACUUGCAGUUUCAGCUCCAUGUAGCUCCAAUCAAAUCUGCGGUAAAUUUUUAGACAUGCUUUUAUGAAUCUGAGUCAUCUGACAAAUUAACCUGUUCAUUGUUGGUAAAUACUCAUCGCCCAUCGCGACCCAACUCAAGUACGGUUUCUGGAGCGCAUAACAAAACUCAGCCGU